GGGGUGCUUGAUGUUGUGCUAGUGCCGGUGCUUGUGCUUCACCCGUCUGCAGUUGGGCACUUGGGUGCAGGAUGUUUGACCACGAUGUGUAGUUUCCCCAUCGCCGUUCCGCUCUGCUUGAGGGAAUGCUCCCCCCCUUCUGUCGCAUUCCCUAUAUUCAUCUGACUACAUACAACAUACAAGAAGUGAAGUCGCAUAUCUGCCUGUCAUGGUCGUUCCAACCACAUCCUCUACCCCUAAACUGAUCGGCGUUCUCGGGUCUACCGGAACAACUGGAUCAGCAGUCUUGCGUUCGCUCCUAGCCCCCAACAAGAAACCCAGUACCGGCGAUGCUGCCAUCCGAGUGCGAGCGCUCGUGCGAAACGUGGACAAGGCUCGCAAACUCUUCCCAGUUGAAGAUGUGGAGUUUGUGCAGAUUGCCGAUUUCAAAGAUUUGGAUGCUGUGACGAAGGCGUUGAAAGGUGUUGAGGCGUUGUAUGCCAUGACGCCGCCCAUUUGCGAGGAACAAAUCUUGUUGGAUGCUGUGGCAGCGCAGGCCGCUCACGUCGCCGACGUCAAACAUGUAGUCUAUUUGUCUAGCAUUGACGCCAACCCCACGAGCAAUCUGAAGAUUAUCCGCGCGCACGGCGUGGCGGAAAACAUUUAUCGACAUUACGACUAUGCCCUUAGCAUCCUUCGGGCCUCGUGGUUCAUGGACAACUUCCUCACCCAAACCGGAGGAAUCUACGCAUCCUCCAAAUCCCGUGACAUCCCAUACAUCGCAGCAUCCGACAUUGGACGAGCCGCAGCGGCUCUGCUUCUCGGUCCAAUUCCCAAGACCGGGAAGACCGCGACGUUCAACCUCUACCAUCCUCAGGUUCUGUCAAAUGAGAAUAUUGCCGAGGUCAUGACAACAAGUUUGGGAAAGGAUGUGGCUGUUGUUACGCUCCCUGGCUCGACCAUUGCCGAAGCGGCCGUGCAGACCAUGGGAAUGAGCAAAUUUACCGCGGAUGCCAUGGUGGAACUUAUGGAAGCGGGCUUCGACGAGAGUUACGAGACAGCCAACACUUUGCCGGGUUACAAACAGAUCGUUGGAACAGAUCCAAUCUCCUUUGAGGAGUUUGUCAAGGUCAACAAGGCGCAGUUCAAGUGAAAAGAUGGAAAGCUCGUUCGUUCUCUUCCGUUUCCAUAUCUGUCGUCCCGCUAGCUAGUUGCGGUAUGAUUAGUUUUCUUUCCCUUAAAGGAUUUGGGUCGUGCGGGAUUUCUGAAAUGAAUAAUGCAAAGCAUAUACAAUAACAUUUCUUACUCUGUUA